UUGAGAGACAGAGAGACACAGAGAGAGAGAGAGAGAAGCGUGGUCGGUGGUGUGUGGUGGCGGCGGCGACGGCGGCGAUAGGCGGAGUUGUGCGUCGGGAAUCGAGACGGAUCGGGGUUUCGGGAAGUGGAUCAGUGGUUUUGGUACUGGUUUUGAUAGGUUUUUUUGGUUGAAGUGGUGGGAGAAGUGGGGAUGGUCGUUGUAGAGACGGGGAGGAGAAGUUGGGGUGGUGAUCCAGUGGUUUGGAACGGUGGAGGAGGAGGAGGUGGUGGAUCAUCGGGUGACCGGGCGGUGAUGGAGGCGGAGUAUGUGAGACGGCAUCACCGGCAUGAGACGAGGGAGAAUCAGUGUAGCUCAACGCUAAUCAAGCAUAUCAAGGCGCCGAUCCAUCUGGUUUGGUCGCUGGUGAGGAGUUUCGAUCAGCCGCAGAAGUAUAAGCCGUUUGUGAGCCGGUGUGUGGUGGAGGGGGAUGGGAGUGUUCGGCAGGUCAAUGUGAAAUCUGGGCUUCCGGCGACGACAAGCACCGAGAGGUUGGAGUUUCUUGAUGAUAAUCAGCACAUACUUAGCAUCAAGAUUGUUGGUGGAGAUCACAGGCUCAAGAACUACUCAUCCAUCAUAUCUCUACAUCCCGAGAGCAUCGAAGGCAGACCAGGAACUCUAGUGAUCGAAUCAUUUGUAGUGGAUGUUCCUGAUGGCAACACCAAAGAUGAGACUUGCUACUUUGUGGAAGCCCUGAUCAAAUGCAACCUGAAGUCAUUAGCAGACAUAUCAGAACGCCUAGCAGUGCAGGAUCGGACUGAGCCAAUUGACAAUCUCUGAGCAAAAUUUAUAAAAAGUAAAG